AUGACUGUCUCAGUUCCUGUUAGUGCCCCAUUGGGCGGUGCUUUGACUUCAUGGGUUGGCUGGAGAUGGGUCUAUCUCCUUCAGGUUCCGUUGACUCUCACUUGUUUAACCAUGGCUUCUUUGCAACUGAAAGCGCCUAAGAAGAAGUCCGAAUCUGAGGAUGAGGUACAAAUGUCUGAUCGGACCGAUCUUAACAAACGAGGAAUCUUUUUUCUCGGCCUCUCUGUCAUUUCACUGAUGACUAUUUGUCAAUUCACUGGUGAAAUCACAUCUCAAUCAACAAUAUGGUUGUCAAUGCUAGCGACGCUAUUCUUCGCCAGCGUCUUGCUUUAUGGGAUCAACGAACGACGCUGGACAAAUGCCCCGUUGGUUCCGCUAGAGUUGCUUAAGACAAACGGAAUCGGUGCAAUUUAUCUUACCCAAGUAUUUCUUUUCUUCAGCUAUGGAGGCGUAGGUCAAUUCUACCUCGAUUAUCUCACUUUGACUGAUCAAUACCACACAGAUCUGUAG